AUGUCGAAAAACGCUCAGAAGAGAGAAGUGGACCUGAACCGGGGUCCGGACAGACCAUUUCUAGGCAUUGAAAUAUAUGAAAAGUUCUUUGCAGUCAAACUGAAAGGCUCAGAUUAUGCGUUGGCAGUACUUUUGGCUUUCUCGUUCGUUCUUCGACAGCUAAGGAAAGGCGGCCUGGAACAAGAAUCGCGUUCUUCAGAGCUUGACCUUCUGGAGGCUGCCAGACAUUACAAUUCAGGAAAUUUCCACAUCAAUUCAUUUCCUCCUAUGAUUGUACAAGUUUUGGCUCUUUCGUUGAAAUUUACCGAGAAUCUGUCUCUCGAAACCUUAAGAAAAAUCAACCUCGUUGUUGCUGGGAUCACCGUGGCAACUUUUUAUCUGACUUUGCGUGCCUCUAGCGUAGUCAGCUCUGUAGCAGUAGCUGCUACAGCUGUGAUAUCGAACCUGCCUUUAUUUGUGGAAGAAAGUACCCACCUCUCUGCAGAGAUCCCACAGCUUUCGUUUCUGACGUGUGGACUUUUAAGCUGGAACAUCUUCAAACGCUCAAGACUAGGUGGCAAAAAAUGGUACUUCAGUUUACUUCUUUUGGCGGGAUCUAUUGUUGGUGGCAUUGGAACAAAGUUUUUGGGACUUGUCACUUGGGCUUGGUUUCUACUGCUUCUUUUCAAAAGGGCAUGGGAAACAAUUGGGGAUGUUAAUAUCGAUACCGUGAGAUUAUUCAAAUUUAUUUCGUUUGGAACUGCAACUAUCAUUUCGCUCCCACUUGCGACGUUCGUUCUGUCGUACUUUGUUUUCCUUUCCAACUCCAGAAUGCCUUCUCUAGAUCAUUCCAGUAUGGUAUCACCUUAUUUUGAGAACUGGUUUUUGCCACAACCAAUGCCGCAACCUGAUGUUGUGUACUACGGGAGUAACAUACUUAUCAGACAUGCACAAUCGAUAGGUGGCUAUUUACAUUCUCAUAACUACACUUACCCUGCGGGGUCUGGCGGUCAACAAGUAUCACUAUUUCUUCAUUCGAAUGACGGAGACAACGAAUGGAUUGUGGAGCCAUAUUCGGAGGACCUAGCCUAUAGAGAGCAACUUGAACCUGUGCGAAAUGGCGCUUUGAUAAAGCUCAGACAUAAGAACACUGGCAAACUUCUGCGAGCAUCAUCGGCAAAACCACCUAUAAGUGAACAGGAUUACGACAGUGAAGUCUCGUGCACUGGAGACUGGGAGUAUAAAGGUGACGCGGAUGAGUCGUGGAGAAUUAGAUUCGAGCGAGGUAAGCCUGCACAUCAUGAUCUUCUAUGUCCUUACACUAUUUUAUUCAGCUUAGAGAACAAGGGCCACGAAUGCAAGCUUUUAAGCCAUGAUUUGAGAUUACCCGAGUGGGGAUUUGGACAGCAGGAAGUUCUCUGCGUAGAUCCGGCGGACAAGGCGCGGUCUCUGUUCUUCGUGGACAGAUCCAAUUUAUACAAGGAACGCGGAGCGUACCUACCGAGACCAACUGAUUGGAUUGGGACAAAAUUGUGGAAGGUCACCACAGAGUAUGUUCAACUGCAGUACAAGUUUGACUAUUAUUUGAAGAACAAUGACCUGAUCAGUGACAUCAAGAUGGAUAGCUGGUUGUGGUCGCCUAAGGGAUCCCACAUUAGCUCGAAACUCAUGUGGUUUGCGCCUCUGGCGUGCUUGACCAUCUACUUAAUUGUUGAGAUUGCCAGAUGGGCACGUUGGAACCCGUGGGCUGAUCCUGCUACCGAACUGGACACUGUCAAGUUCCUGUAUUUGGACGUUUGUUGCGAGCUUGCGAUCGGGUGGUUUAUGCAUUACCAUGUUUUUACCUGGUGUGAGCACGAAAAUCUCGAUCCCGCACAGUACCUUCCAAGCUACUUGCUUAGCAUGGUGCUUGCUGCGGCCACAGCCAACUUCUUUUGGCAACAUAGUAAGACCAGCCGUGUUGUGCUCAUAGUAUACGCUAGCUCAGUUGUUAUCGCCACAUACAUAUGGGCCUAA